UACUUAAAAGAAAGAAAAUUUUACAUUUAAAAAAUAAAAAUAUGAAAUAAAAAAUGUUUGUGGUUGCAGAGAAGUUGAGAGAUUUACAGGCUGUAACUCAUCUAGAGCUCCUAUUAUUAUUGAGUGGUGAACCAGUUAUACGUCAUCCCCGGAGCGAGAGCUUAAAAAGAGAUGAAGCGAUUAAAAAUGCUUGGCUACUAUAUGAUAGCAACAUUUUAGAUAUACCGAAUUUCCUAGCUUAUGCUAGUUAUUUUCUAACACCAACAUAUCUACAUGAAAAUUUGAAUGAUAUGGACGGUAGAACAGACGACGAGGAAGAAAUUUUCGAAAUAGGAGGUAUCAUUCUUCGACCGAUGGAGGAGUACCUUAGGAUGGAAGUCUUCCAAGAAUUAAAUUUAAUUAUUCAAAAUGAAUAAAUUAUACUUUUAAUUUUAUAU